UCCGCCCGGUUUUCAGUUUUCACACUCGAUCUCCUAGCUAGCUAGCUCCGUCCUCUCCGUCCUCUACAGCGGCUGCGAGACAAACUGAGCCUUUUCCUGCUCGCUCCAUCGCCCAAUCCGUCUCUACAGUUGCUGUGUACCAUCUGCGCGAGCGCGAGGGUAGGUUGAUGGGGCGCGCGCCGUGCUGCGACAGGACCGGGCUGAAGAAGGGGCCGUGGACGCAGGAGGAGGACGAGAAGCUCGUCGCCUACAUCAAGAAGCACGGCCAGGGCAACUGGCGCACCCUCCCCAAGAAUGCCGACCUGGAGCGGUGCGGGAAGAGCUGCCGGCUGCGGUGGACCAACUACCUCCGGCCGGACAUCAAGCGCGGCCGCUUCUCCUUCGAGGAGGAGGAGACCAUCAUCCAGCUCCACAGCAUCCUCGGCAACAAGUGGUCAGCCAUUGCGGCGAGGCUGCCCGGACGGACGGACAACGAGAUCAAGAACUACUGGAACACGCACAUCCGCAAGCGCCUCCUCCGCAUGGGCAUCGACCCCGUCACCCACGCGCCGCGCCUCGACCUCCUCGACCUCUCCUCGCUCCUCAAGCCCGCCGCCUACUACCCCACGCAGGCCGACCUCGACACGCUCCGCGCCCUCGAGCCGCUCGCCAACUACCCGGACCUCCUCCGCCUCGCCUCCACCCUCCUCUCCGCCCCGACCACAACCUCCUCGCAGCCUACGACCGAACAGCACAUGCUCCUCCCUUGGCUGAUCCAGGCGCAGAUGGCGCAGCAGGUAUCUCAGGCGCCGCCGCAACAUGCCACGGCCGCAGACAUGUUCUUGCAGCCCAGCUCGGCGUGCCAAAUGCCGGGCCUGGUUCACGCGAACCCCGCGCAGCAACUACACCAAGAUCACAUGGUGGCCUCUGACUACGGGCAGCUCCCGGGCUACGACAACCAGCUCGACUACGUGCCGGGGCUGAUGCAGAUGGCGUCAGACACGUCGAACCUGCAGUGGAGCAGCCCGGUCACAAGUAGCAACAACAACAACAACUGCAACGUCGGCUCCGGCGUAUCCACGCCGUCAUCGAGCCCCGCGGGGCGUGUGAACUUGGCUUCAACGACAGCGUUCUGCGCCAACGCGAGCAAUAUUGACGCCCUCAUCGCCGACGCCGACGGGCUGUUCGACAUGCACCUGUCCGAUCUCCUGGAUGUGAGCGACUACAUGUAGUGAAAAUACAAGUACGGGUUCCACCUGCAUCUGCAUGCAUGUGGAAACUAAGUCGAACAGUUCAUCACGUACUACCGACCGAGAAGGGGCAAAACAUGCAUGAUGAUCACGUACGAGAGCCUUUUUUGUACAGGAUUGUACCAUUUUUAUCCAGUUCAUGGUCACUGGACACUGUUAGAAACUCCACUUUUGUUUUUCCUUUUAUUCUUAUUUCGAUCUUUAAUUCA